AUGCCCUCUAAUCGCAGGCCCGGCGGGCUCGCCGCUGCCCUCGAAGAAGAGCGCCUAGAGCUUGCCUCUGAGCACCGCAGUUCCUCCACGCAUCGCAACUCGACAACGGGCUAUGCACCUCCAAGACGAAGCAUACUCGACACCGCCACUGGUCCCUCUCCCGGGUUUAUCGCCCCACGCCAUGGUUCCAUUGCGGGCAUCGGUGUUGGCGUAACUCCGCCCGCUGGACGCGGCUACCAGGAUUCGCAAUCUCCCCAAACCUCGUCGCCGCUGCCGUCGCCCCCAAUGCCGAAUGAAUCUACUGAGACACCCUCGUCUUCAGCCUCUUCGACACCAUUAUCCACACCAGUAACGACUCCCAAGGCCCCGUAUACCAGUUUGAAAACCGCCCCUCCUCCUCUCAAGCGUCCGGAUCCGCCGGCUACCAAGGGCAAGGAAAAGAGCGGUGAUAAAAAGACAAACUCUCCAGAAACAAGAAGGCCAAGCAUCCGUUGGGACUCGGGCGUCGAUAUGCCGCCCAGUGCUAGUGGCUCGAGGCGAUUCGGUCCGCCGGAGAAGGCCCCUAGGUCGCUUCCUGGUAAAAAUGCCAUGGCGGCAGUGAUGUCUGGAUUCGAUCUGAAGGUCGGGUUGCCGAGUUUUAGCAGAGGUCGGGACUCUAGUCGGAAUGCUUCGAAGAGAGGUACUUCGUUAGAUUCGCACCUUCCUUCCCCGGCCAGGAGAGCGCAAUCCGGCUCGCCCGCGCGCCGCCUGCCUAACUCCAGCCUUCGCACCCCGGUAUCCGACACUCCUAAACCCGCGGCCGAUAAGACAAAGGAAAUCAAAAGCGAAGGUACCGACGAUAAACUUCUCCAGCUUCCUGCAUCUCGCCGCGGGUCUACCGAAACGGAUGCUAGAGGCUCUGCGUCUGGAGAUGAACGAUUGUAUGACAGCGAUAACAACGCCUCUGAAUCCAGCGAAGAAGAGGAGGAUUCCUCUUCGAGCGGUGACGAAUCCAGCCCUGAGAGUAAUACUGAAGAGGUGAAGCGAGGUCGGAAGAAGACGCCCGGCCGAGGUUCUUCAGCGGAAGAUUCGAAGACAGCUUCGGAUGAAACAAACGACGAGCAAACCAGAUUCAAAGGCCCGGAAUUGAUUCACUCCUCAAAAACUGGCCCCAUGCCGAAGUCGCCAGAGGUCCAGCUCCAAACGGGCUUCGAUCCUCCAUCGGUGCUCAAUACGCCCUUUGGCUCCGAUGAUGAAGCAGAACUAUCUGACAUAAAGCGUGCUCAGAAGCUCAGCAUUCAAAUGUCGAGUAUUGACAAUUCGGUCCGCAACCGAUCAAUCAGGACUAUCAUUCGUGGGGACUAUACCAGCAUGCAGGAGGAUGCCGAGGGAGGUCGGCGACGGCAACGAAAGUAUCUAGUCACGACGGAUCUCAGCGAAGAGUCCGUGUAUGCGCUAGAAUGGACAAUAGGAACGAUCUUGCGAGAUGGCGACACCAUGUUCGCGGUUUUUGCCAUGCACGAGGAAACCGGUACGCAAAUCGGUGAGGGUUACAAAGCGACAGAGGAUGUUGCCGCCGUUGUCGGGUCUCAAACGGCCGAAACUGUUCAAAAAUCACAAAAUGACUCGUCAAACCUUCCUCGGGCCCUCUUCAAUCGUCUGGGUUCUGGAACAGAUAGCAGGCCUGGCUCGGUUGAUGCGCGGAGAAUGUCCAAGGCGGAAGCCGAACGUGCACAUGCUGUUCACCUCAUCUCGCAAACCUGUGUCCGACUUCUGAGGAAGACAUUACUCCAGGUUCGGGUUGCUGUCGAAGUGAUACACUGCAAGAGUCCCAAGAAUAUUAUCACGGAAGCUAUCGACGGGCUGGACCCUACACUCGUGGUCGUUGGGGCAAGAGGACGAGGUGCGCUGAAAGGUGUACUUUUGGGGUCAUUCUCAAACUAUCUGGUUCAGAAUUCGUCUGUUCCGGUCAUGGUGGCGCGAAGGAAGCUGAAGAAGAAAUCAAAGACGAAUGUGCGCCUUUCCAACAACUUAACGGCACCGAAGAAGCUUGCGGCAGCAAGAGUAGACUAG